CAAUUCUACCAUCCAGCAGUGUGGAAGUCCCACAUGGCAGUUGCUGCCAGAUGCAAUCAUAUGCAAUGCUGCAGUGCAGAAAUCUGACAAUCCCACAUGGCAGUUGCUGCAACAUUACUCAAGCUGGAACAAGCUGAGAAGAGCUGUGGUGUGGUACCUGAAACUGAAGGAUUACUUCACAUUGAAAAUGAAAAGAAAAAAGCAGUCAAAGCAAUCUGUGAUCCCAAAGACACGGAGUCAAAGCAAGACACAGAAUGAUGAAAUAAAGACCCUGGGUGGAAGCUGCAUUUCCAUGGAUGACCUGCAGAGGGCAGAAAAGGCCAUUGUUGUGUUCUGUCAACACGAAAGAUAUCCAGAGGAAAUUGCAAAGCUGACAUCUGCUACUGACACUGGAGUGAGCAGAAAGAGCACCAUCUACAAGUUGGACCCUAUACUGGAGGAUGGAGUUUUAAGGGUAGGAGGCAGACUAAAGAGGGCAGCAAUGCCGGAAGAGGCCAAGCGGCCAAUGAUACUCCCUAAACACCUUCAUGUCUCCACACUCAUUCUCAGACACAUCCAUGAGCAACUUGGACAUGCUGGAAGAAAUCAUGUGCUCUCUCAGCUCAGAAAAAGAUAUUGGAUAGUGAACGCCAACUCAGCUGCUCGCCGAGUCCGGUCAAAAUGUUUAGUGUGCAGGCGUGCGAGAGGGAAAGGAGGUGAGCAAAAGAUGGCUGAUCUGCCAAAAGAAAGACUCAGAGCUGACCUUCCACCCUUCAGCAAUGUUGGUGUUGACUACUUUGGACCCUUUGAAACCCGGAGAGGAAGAGGUCUCGUCAAGCGCUAUGGUGUCAUAUUCACCUGCAUGUCAAGCAGAGCUGUGCAUCUGGAGAUGGCGCACACACUGGACACAGACUCCUGCAUCAACGCCCUACGACGUUUCAUCAGCAGGAGAGGUCAGGUGACACACAUACGCUCUGACAAUGGAACCAAUCUGGUCGGAGCCAAGAAGGAGCUGCAAAAUUCCAUCGCAAGCUGGAACUCUGACAAGAUUCACAAUGCAAUGCUCCAGAAAGGCAUCCAAUGGUCCUUUAAUCCACCUGCAGCCUCACACCAUGGCGGAGUGUGGGAAAGACUGAUCCGGAUGUCUGACGUGUACAUCCGACGUCGCUGGAAACAAGUCCAAUACCUUGCCAAUCUGUUUUGGAGUAGAUGGACAAGAGAAUACUUACCUUUGCUACAGGAGAGGCAGAAGUGGACGCGAGUGAGAAGAGGAUAUGCAGUAGGAGACAUUGUGAUGGUGGUGGACAACACAGCCCCCCGUGGAUCCUGGGUGCUGGGAAAAGUUGAAGAAGCUCUACCCGAUUCCAAAGGGCUUGUGAGAACAGUGAAGAUCAAGACAAAGACUGGUGUGUAUGAAAGACCAGUGACAAAACUCUGUCUGCUCCUGGAAGGAGAAGAAAGUUGAGUAUGAAUUAUUAUGAUUUUGAUGAACAUUAUGUUACAUUGAUAUUUACAGUUAAAAGUAAGACAUGACUGCAUUGAUCGAUAGUAAUGCAUUGACAAGUAAUAGGCUCCUUUAAGUAUUUAUGUUUGUUAAUUGUUGCCCAAGCACACAAUUAGGGGCCGGUGUGUAGGAGCCAUUUUGAGUAGUUUAUGUUUAUGUUUUUCUUGUCUUCAAUAUUGCUAUUUACAAACUCCAUUUUCUUGUUUUGGUUUUCUAUAUCUAAUAUCAAACUUGUUUUGAGUAUGUAUGAGUAAGAGUGAGUGAGUGAGUGAUUGUGAAUGAAUGAGUAUGCCCUCUACAGGCAAAGAGGGAAAUGUACCGACAGGUAUAUGGGUGUGCCAUCCUGACGCCACUGGGAGGGUUCCGUGACGCGCACACUAUCAUUGACCGUGCAAAUGACUGGAAGCAAAAGAAUGGACUGCUGAAAACUUAGAACAUUAGAACCUUAGAAACACUGGAACCCUUGAAAAGUUUAAUUUAUGUUUUAUGUUAAUAAAUGUCAGUACAAUUUAUUUUUGCCUCCUGGAUUAUGUUCACGAGUCUUGAUGAUCACGCCGAAUCCUCAAAUGUAAGGUCAA